UUCUCUCUCCUCUUUCUUAUGGUUGAUCACUUGCAAUUUGCAAACUGUGUAAUUGUUUGUUUGUCACAGAAAUAACAGUGAAGAAGAAACUCUCAGUUGAAAAAUUCAACCGCGCUUAGAUUUCGUUUUUUCUGAAUGUGGCCCAUUCUCUUACUCGUUGCCGUGGCCGGAUCCACUGGUUUCGCCACCAAACGCUUCCUUACUCACAGAAACACCAUUGAAGGUGAAAACGUCAAUCUCCACGAUCCAAGUGCUUUUGACUUUUCCAGUUCGGAAAGCACUUCUCAGAUGCAUAACAAUGAUGGAGUGUUCACGUUUUCCAGUUCAAAAUCUGAAUCUCUGACACAACAAGAUGGACCUGAGAGUAGACGAUCCCGAGCUUCAAAUGACGGAGUUAGGGCUCCGAAGGUUGAGGCGCGAUCGGAGAAGCGGAACGGUGGAACUAAACUACAUUUUCGUAUGAAGAAGAGGGAGAUUACAAGGAAUGUCGCUGCAAAGGCUCCGGUCCGUUCUUCUAAAGAUGACUCCUUAUUUGGUCGGGGACUUUGCUCUGGCAUCAUGUGUAUGAUGUCUGCUGGAAAAGCUGAGAUCAAUAAGCUGAACAAGACCAUGGACGAGACAGCUAAACUUGUUCAGGAACUGAAAUCUGAGCUCAACAGAAGAAAAUCGUCACAUGCUCUUCAAAAUUUGGAUUCUGUUGGCAAUGGUGUUACGAACUCUUGCAAAAUCAGUGGCAGGAACGAAGUGAUGCUCAAGAAGACAAACAGUGAGCUCAGAGAUGUUGAUGUCAAAAUUUGGAGUCCUUGUGUAAAUGAUUGUGGUGAAUGUGGAAGCAGUGCUCUUACUGAAGAACCAGAACCACAGGUUCUGGAAAUGGAUCAACUGGAAGCAGAACUUGAGUUUGAACUCCAAAAGCUUUCUGGGUGUGCUACUGACGGCCCUUGCGAUGAACAAAUAAAGCCUAACUUAGAUGAGCUUGAAGCUCCAGGUGAAGGCUAUCAUGGAACAGAUCAUGGAGUAUCAGCAUCUGAAUUGCAUCAGAAACUAAGCCACUUGCUAAUAAAACAGCAAGAAAAUCAGAUCAUGGAGCUAGAAUCUGAACUGCACCAAGCUCAGUCAAAUCUGCAUGAGAAGGAGGCUGAACUUCAGGCACUAAAGGACUGUGUCAAACGCCUUACUGAACUCUCGUUAUCCACAGUUUCAGAUGAUGAAGCUCAGGUUCUCUCUGAUCCAAAGGGAACAAGCGAUUAUGGCAACAAUAACAUGCACUCUGAAUCAAAACAUUCAGUUAUUGGGACGAAAAGACCUCUUGAUUCUGAAUCUUUCUCGUGUUACAUGUGAAACGACACUUAUCUCUGUGGGGAUACAACCAUACAAGGUAUAUAGACAACUUUAUCUGCAUUCGGAUAAAAGUGUAAAUUACUGUAGUUGACAACUCCCUUCCAUAUUAUAACCUAAUUAUUAUGCCUUAUGUUGUAUAUGUAUAAAUUAUUUAGGCAGAUAUAAUUAUAAAAUUUAGCAACUCAGUACUCGGAUACCGAUAUGUUCCAUAACAUGAAGUUCUACCAUAUUCAUUUUUAA